AUGACGUGUUGCCUCCUCAUUUUUAUCGUGUUGCUCCUCGCGCUCCGACUUGGGCACCCAGAAAAGCUCCCCCACGACGGAAGGAAUGAAAGACCGCUCAUAGGUAGUACCAUACACAGGAACAGCUUCAGAAAAAAAGGAAGUGCCCAUAAGCACACAUUGACAAAUAAAUACACACACAAAAGUGUAAAUAAAAAGCGAACACACACAGAGGCGACGCUAUUUCUACACCCACAUGGGUUGCAAAAGAGCAACCUCCGUCUCUCCAAUUUGCACGUUCGUGGAAACACAAAUGUGAAGCCCAAAACGAACAAGUCAAUUGCCAAGCGCUUUAAAAUAACAAAAAAUGGGAAGGUGAUACGAAAAAAAGCGGGGAGGAAUCACAUGCUCAGGAAGAAGACGUCGUCCAAUAAGGCGUCCCUGCGCAAGACGACUACCAUCGCUUCCAACCGCAUUGCGAAGAAGUACAAGAGCGCCAUUCAUACGUAG